AUGCAGCCGGCUGCAUUGGUCGAGGUUCUUUGCGCCGUGAUGCUGCUGGAUGUUUGGGACGAUCAUCUCUUGGAGACUGCAGGCCAGACCUUCGUCACAGGACCACAUGCAGGUGCGCACCUGCAGCACAUUUCCACCGGGCAGCUCGCACGUCUGGCUUUGGCCGCGGGACGUUUUGGCCAGCAGAGCCUAGCUUCGGCUGCGUUGGCCGAAGCGGUGCGCCGCGCAGGAGCUGAACACGGUGAAUGGCAGCCCUUCGAACUGGCACACCUCUCCUGUGCCGCGCGGGGCUCGGAUCGAAGGCGCGUGCCAUCAGAGUGCUGCGCCGACAUCGUGGCCAUGACGAAUGCCGCAACCCGCCGGUCUCCGGCACUGCUUCCCGGGGUGGUGGCCCUCGUUGCCUGUUUGACCGUGGGACGCCUGGCCGCGCAGGCGCUGGGCUUCGUUCCCUCCACGCCUUCUACAUCACUUCGAACACGAACUGCGCCACGCGUGGCUUUGGCGGCUUCCAUGAGAGACAGUGAGGGCAACAAAGUUCGGGAGCCAAAGACCUUCGAUGCCGCCGACGCCUCCAGCGUAGCAGGUUCGGUUACCGUGGAGUACAAGAAGAGGCCCUUCGGCGUGCUCGCCUACGCCCCCAGCACCAAUGGAAAGGGGGCCAUGGUCUGGCAGAUGAACGAGAACUCCCGGUAUCCUGGUGACCCCCAAGGUCAGGCCUGGACGGGUGGCGUGAAGCAGUACAUGGCGGUGAAGUCCGUAGCCGGCCAAGAUGUCAGCACAUGGGACUUCUGGGACAUCCUGGAUCUGCUUGAUGACAAGAUCCUUGACAACUCUGCAGGCAUUUUCCAGUCCAGUGGCAGUGGUGGCAUGGGGAACAAGCCUGCUGAGCUUCCCCUGGCCGUAGAGUACGUGGAGUUCAGCUCCAUGGGAGCAGCCGCACCUGCGGCUCCGGCCGCUGGCAGCUCAGAGCAGUUCGUCGACACCCGGGACGAGCGAUUCAAGGAUCUGCCAAAGGAUGCCACGAUCAAGGAGUACAAGAUCCCUCCAGCACCUCCUUCGUACACAAGCACUGCCGUGGAAGGCUUGCGAAGUGCAGUCGCUGCCAUGCCGGAUCCCGUUGGCCACGCUGGACCUCGCUACCAAGGCAAGGCGUCGCUGAAUGAAGCCAGCAUCCGCCAGAUGCUCGCUCAGUUCAAGAUACCAGGCUGCAUCGAGACAGUCCUGACCGGACAGAUUCUGCCGAUGAAGGAUGCGUACCAGUUGGCUAUCGACGCUUACGACAUCCUCGUGAAGGAGAAGACCCUGGGACGAGUGUCGGUGCCGGUGGGGAAGAAGGCGGGGUUCGACUUCGAUCACAUGCUGAGCCUGGCAGGAUUCCCAUCGCCAGACAACCAGCACCGUGGAGCCAAGUUCCUUUUCAACGGCGACUUUGUGGAUCGUGGCCCUUGGAGUGUCGAGGUGAUUUUCACCAUCCUCGCUUUCAAGAUGCACUUUCGAAAGGUCUGGCAACCAAACGGCGUCUACAUGAACCGCGGAAACCACGAGGCCGAGAUGGCAAACCACUUCUAUGGCUUCUUCGGCGAGUUGGAGGUGAAGUACGAGCUUCUGAGCC